UUCAUUAAGUGAAGGACAGGGUGUGCUAUUAAGCAAGAAGUCAACUGUACACUGUUCAUUUUGUUCAGAGAGCAGAACACUGCUGAAAGCUUUCCUAUAACGUUAACCGGUACAAUUUGGGGACUUUGUUAAAACUCAAUGCAAUGGCUGAAGAAAACCGUGCGUGUGCAAAAGGCUUCGUUGAUAGCACCGUUCACGUGGACGUCAAGGAGUAUUAUGGCAAGGUGUUGAAGAACACUGCAGACCUGAAGAGCAACGCCUGUGUAGCUCCAGCCAAGCCCAUCCCUGCCUUCAUCCGCCAGGCUCUGAAGAAAGUACACCCUGACGUCACCGCCAGGUACUACGGCUGUGGGCUGGUGGUGCCAGAGUGCUUGGAGGGCUGCAGGAUUCUGGACCUGGGAAGUGGAAGUGGGAGGGACUGUUACAUGCUAAGUCAGCUUGUGGGUGAGAAGGGCCAUGUCACUGGGAUUGACAUGACUGAGGACCAGCUUGACAUUGCCAGGACAUAUGUGGACUAUCACAUGAAAGAGUUUGGCUACAAGAAGUCCAAUGUCAGCUUUGUCCAGGGCUACAUUGAGGCCCUAACAGAAGCGGGUCUGAAAAAGAGCUCAUUUGAUAUCAUUAUUUCCAACUGUGUGGUGAAUCUCUCUCCAGACAAGAAGCGAGUACUGGCAGAAGCCUACAGUAUGCUCAAGGAUGGUGGUGAGCUGUACUUCAGUGAUGUCUACAGCAGUGGAAUACUAACAGAGGAAAUUAAAAACCACAAAGUGCUGUGGGGUGAGUGUCUUGGUGGAGCACUCUGGUGGAAGGAUCUGCUGCAAUUGGCUGAAGAAGUGGGCUUCAGCCCACCACGGCUGGUUACAGCCAGCAUCAUCACUGUCGACAACAAAGAGCUACAGAAAGUUUUGGGCGACUUCAAGUUUGUCUCUGCCACAUACCGCCUGUUCAAGGUCCCUAAAGGCAACAUUAAGCCCUGUCAGGUCAUAUAUAACGGGGGCAUUACAGGAGUAGAGGACAACUUCCAGUUUGACUGUCAGAACGCAUUCAAGGUGGAUGAAGUGGUGGAGGUUGAUGGAGAGGUGGCCACCAUCUUGACCCAUUCCAGAUUUACGGAGGACUUCACUUUCCAGCCACCGGGAGGUUCCCGUGAGUCCUGUGGAGUUAAACCUAAGGCAGGCAUUGUGGAUCCUUUCGAGCUGGUCCAUCAGCUGGAGAAACAAAGUCCAGGUUCAGCCACAGGGGGAUGCUGCAGCACACAGUCUGCUGCCUGCUGCAAAUGAUGGUGGGAAGAGCACUGAGAAAUAUAGGCCCAGCAUCAUACUGUGUAUGAAUAAUAACAGUAGUUUAAAUCUACUGACUUGAUUAUGCAUGAGGCAGUGUCAUUAUAUUGUGUCUUAUUAUGACGAGGAGCAACUAUAUAGCGAUUUGAGCAAUUGAAAUGAAUCACACAUAAACAUGUCUUAUUGAUGUUCUGUGCACACUUCCCUGUCAAUCUUCUUCAACUUGAAAAACAGAAAAGAUUAACUUAAUUUAUUUGAAUAAUAAUGUUGCAUAAGUAAAAUGACUUUGGCUCCGUAUCAAGGCAAGAUCCAAAUACCCACAAAUUCAAAACCUGUACAUAAUCUUGAACAGUUUUGGUGACUUCUUCUUAUGAGGCUAUUCUUUUUCACAUUUGUCUACAAUCUUAGACAUCUGAAUUUCUAAUCCAUCACAUUCACACCAUCAGAACUUUUUCCACAUUUGCCUUAAUUAAUUACACUACUUCUUAUGUAAUACCUCUAAUGUAAUUGAUUUGUUAGGCAGUAGGUGGGACAGGUUUUGCAUUAGUGUUAGCUUCGCAGGCAUUCUAACUAAUAUCAGCAUUGUUGUGUUCAUUAUUGUGUGUAAUUUCUGUUAUAGGACAAUAAAUAUUGUCAGUCAAUUAACUA